AUGCUUCUGCUAAAACCCUUGCCCUUAUCCAUCCUUCAAGUUAUGCCUGAGUCCUUGGGUGGUGGUCAACGGGGAGUGGACAGUGCCCACGUCAACCCCAAUCGUGGGCCGGAUAUCUUCUGGACGACCAUCUUCAUCUUUCUGCUCACCGUCUUACUCAUGGUCUUAAUUCAGGUCGUCAACUUCUGUUAUUGCUGCCGUAAGAGGAUUGCUCCUCAUGGUUCGAUGAAUGUCCUGCAAUUGGCAGCGCUGGGCUCCGAUUUUAGCAAUGGGUGGUUGAUUUUCCGCAUCGUCUACAUUGUGGCAUUAGUGAUUGCGCUGGCCUUUCUCUUCGUCUCCACUAUCCUCCUCAUCGUGUACUUCCAUAGUACUGGACUAGUUGCCGCCUACCUGGAGACAGCUCCACAACCAUCAACAGGGCGUCCAUCUUCUGUCUCCCUACCUGACGGACUGCACUCCACAAUGCUGCAUGCUUCUUCUUUUGUCCGUGAUGGGAUCGAAAAGGGUCGUGGCCUCACCAACACGACCCUCCGUGACCUCUUCGAUCGGGCUGAUGUGAGUCAGUCUAAUUCUUGCCUAAAUUAUUGUGAAGAAUGGGGUUUCUGCUGGAAUUUCGAUCCAAAUGCACUUAUUAUUUUAAGUUUGUGA